UAGCGGCUUACGUGCUGGCUGGUGCUGCGUGGCAGAUGUCGGCGGUCCUGUUCACUCUGGCGCCGGUGUCAGUCUUCGUGCUGCACAGCUACAUCGUCGAGAACCCGCGCUGGUUUGUGACCAAAGGCCGCUACCGUGACUCAAACACGGCCAUGGUGCGGCUUUACGGAGACGACGUGCCCACCGACUUCAGGUACAGCAGGACGGGCGACGAUUCGAACGUCUCUACAGUCGGCCGACAGAAGGUGGCCAGGAUGCUGUCGGUGUGCCUGCUGCUGAACCUGCUGCAGAACCUGUCGUGCGCGCAGCUCGUGCUGCUGCACGCCGUGCAGGCGGUGGGGCCCCUGAUAGAUGUGAUGUCACCGCAGGAGUCGGCCUGCCUGGUUCUCGCCAUGCACGUCAGCUGCACGACUCUGUUCGCCGCCCUGACUCGCUGCAUCGGCCGUCGGCAGCUGCUCGUCGUCUCCGCAGUGCUGGUCGCCGGUGUCCUGUCCGCCAUGCGUCCGUUUGAUGACGUCGUCAUCAGGUUAGAUCACCCGUCGCAUAACCCCGAAGAGGCCAGAAACAAAGUGUGGGAACGGGCUGGUUGAUGAUCGAUGUUGUUUCAACAGCGCAGAAGCAGACGAAGGAUGGACAGACAAAACUUCGUUUGCGUAUUCUUUUUUAGCAUUCCGAAAGGUAGGUUACG